AUGGCAGCAUCUAGUUCCAAAAAGACAGCAACUAAGAAUGUUGAAGCACUUGCAUCUCUUCACCAGACAUCUGCUGGAGUUAAUGGAGCUGUUUUCCUUAUAAUUCUUAUAUUCCAUAGACCCGCAACAAUCUGGCCUUUCCUUUUAUUUCUGACACCAUCUUGGGGCCUUCAAUAUUAUCUUGAAAAGCAAGGUCGUCCAAAGUAUGUGACAGACCUUGGAGUCUCUAAGCUUAAACAUCCAGGUAAUGAUAUUCAUUUUGGAUUAUAUGAACACUUGUUUGAUGUUGUUUAUCUUACUUGGAUUAUUGACGUAUUGAUGGUUCUCUUUGGUACCAACAAAGUAUGGUGGUUAUUAUUAUCAAUUCCUGGAUUUGGUCUUUAUAAGAUUAGCCUGUUUCUACCUGGCUUGAUGGGUUUAUUACCUAAAAGAGCGAAGAAGACUUCUUAG